AUGAGAGCGGCUCUUCAGUUGUUGGUUGAACCAGAUGCGAUGCCUCAGACUCGGACGAUAUCCUUGUACCAUGCCCUUCAAGACACCGACUCACCACAAAAGUCCAACACAGAGCAACCCUGCAGCAAGGGUAGAGCGGUGGCUAUUUGUUCUACUGAGUUGCAGACAAUCAUGGAGGUCAUACCUUCUGUCUUGGCUGUUUGUUCCAUCGAGUCACAGACGGACAUGGAGGUCACAACAACACCGGAGUGCGAGAACAUGAUGGUUCACAUGCAACGACAAUCUGACACAAACCUCGGCAAGCAUGUGCAAGGCAGCUCGAGGUGCGACCGGAACGAUGUAUGGAGCCGGGGUGGCGAGCUUAUCAUCAGUUUGGGUUUGAAGCCCAGACCAUAUCAGCCGUACGCCGUACACGUGUACACGGCGGAGUGUUCGUCUAAGUCGGACGAGUAUGGCCGUGACGACGGCGGCAACACGUACCCCUCCCUGCACGCCAUGCUUGUGUGCAAGUGCUUCGUGGGAGUGCCCUACGUCACAGACGCGGCCGGGGAUCAUGUCAUGACAGCCCGGGAUGGAGGUCAUCACUGCAUUUGCGGAGACCGCGAGGCGAAGGUCGGGACGUACCGCGAGUUCAUCUUCUUCGAUGAGCGGCAGGUCUAUCCGGAGUAUGCCAUCAUCUACAGGCGGCAGUAUGACAAGACCAAGGUGCCUGAAGAGAUGGUGGUGCCCACAACUGGCACAACCGGGCGCUUCUGGCAGAUGAAGGCUCCUGACUGGAGGAAUGUCCCACCGGAGGUGAACAAGGCCCUGGUGCAGGCAAUGAAGGAUGGGGAGUCGGAGGUCAGCUUGACGCUGGGUGGCACCGAGUAUGUGUUCAACCUGACCGAGAAAAAGGGGACCAACACAAGGACCGGCAACAAAGUUCCGCUCCGUGCACCAAUGGUCAAGUGA